AUGUAUGGUAGUGCUGGCAAGCGUAUCGACACACGCUAUCGUGAACGACGGUGCUACAUGCACGAUGCGCUCCGUGUCUUGCCAUUAUAUCGCCCACCGUGGCUAUUUCUUAGGACGCCGCUGGCAAAGAUCUACAUUCCCACGAAAGACUUCCCCGAUAUCGAUUCCAUCGGUCAACUCGUGGGCCCUCGCGGGCAUUGUCCGGAGGAUAUGAACAAGCAAUCUAGAGCAAGCAAGCAUUGCCAUUCGCGGAUGCGGCUCUAUCAAGGUAGGAAAGGUCGAGCAAGAGAUUCGUGA